GGUGGCCGUCCGUGUGGAGCCCAGUCAAAGCCAAACGGUGUCCAACGGUGCGGGUGUGUGCUGGCGUUGCUCCUGACGAGUGCUGUAGGUCAUGAUGCUGUCAUGUGCGGCGGAGAGUGUGGCGGCGGUGGUGAUCAAAGCAACCCAUUCCCAGGAGUAAGCAGUACCUGCUGCCUCAACGGAGAAAUGUUCAGGAAAAUACGGCCGGAAUGAGUCGGCCUGCUGGGAUGUGACGGAGAGUGACAAAUAUUGGAACAGCUGCAGUGUUUAGGCCUGUAAUUUGACCAAGUCACGGUGGAAAUUUGAGCACUGGUGCGGGGAAAAUCCGCUUGCAAGGAAAAAAAAAGUGUGGGAAAAUGCUCGCGUGCAGGCAGGACGUUUGUGUGUGUGUGUGUGUGCUUUGUGAGAGGGUGGGAAAUUUUCUGCGGUGGAAAUGCUGAAAUCGAUACCAAACCCAAAAACGGAUAAAGGGAUUAGCGCUGCAGUUGUGACUGAAAUCGAGAUUUCACACUUUGACGGCUCGCCACUAGAAGAAGAAGAAGAAGAAGAGCAGUGAAUGCGAUUGACAGACAGACUGGCGGCACUGCUGGUGGUUCCCGGACGAAGUUUGUGCGAAAAAUCAUUGAGGAAGGUGUACUGAGAGAUUUGAACUGUUCCGCUCGGAAAAAAGGGCUGCAUGUAUACAAUAGUUUUAAAAAUGUGAAACUGAAGGUUCUGGCAACCAAUUAAUCAUAAAAUAUCUGAAAAUUCAGUUGAAAAAAAAAUCACUCAUUCAAAACAAAAAAAAAACCAUGAAGAGUCACAAAAUCGGCGGCCCAAAAAAGCAAUCAUCCCCCUUCGAGCUUCCCGGCCUGUGCCGGAUUCUGUACCCGAUGGUGCUGCUGAGCGUGUACCUGGUGGACCUGGUUGGACAGGUCGAGGCCAGCAGUGCUGCGGUGGUGGCGGUUGCGGCGACGGCCCCGGAACAGCGGCAGCAGCCACAGCAACAUACCGGGGUCAGCUUCAGUUCCCGCGUCGAGCAGCACAACAGCAACCGGAAGGAGGCCGGUGCGAUGAAGGGAAUCACGCCGCCCCCGGUUGGCCCCGCGGGCGCCCCGGACGACGCCGAGGACACCCCGUACACGGCGGCCAUCCUCGGCACCGACAAUAAGCCCUACUUUGACGACGUCAGCCCGCGGAACGUCACGACGGUGGUGGACGACAUGGCCGUGCUCAAGUGCCGCGUCAAGCACAAGGGCAACCGAACGGUGUCCUGGAUGCGCAAGAAGGACCUGCACAUCCUGACGUCCAGCACGCACACGUACACCGGCGAUCAGCGCUUUUCCGUGCACCACCCGCCCGACUCGGACGACUGGGACCUGCGGAUUUCGUACGCCCAGCCACGCGACUCGGGAAUUUACGAGUGCCAGGUCAACACGGAGCCCAAGAUCAAUCUGGCCGUGUUUCUGCACGUCACCGCUGCACGGGCUAAAAUCCUUGGCUCCCAGGAGGCUCACGUUCGCAAGGGCAGCACCAUUUCACUGUCGUGUGUGGUCAACUUCCAUGCCCCCUCGAUAACAUGGUACCACGGCACAUCGGUGGUCAACUUUGACUCGGCCCGCGGUGGCAUUAGCUUGGAGACGGAGAAAACGGAAGCCGGGACGAGCAGCCGGCUGCUGCUGACCAAGGCCACCGUCAGCGAUUCCGGCAACUACACGUGCGUCCCGGCGGGGGCCAUCCCGGCCAGCGUCCAGGUGUACGUCAUAAAUGGUGAACAUCCGGCAGCGAUGCAAACCAGCGGCCAGCGGUCAACCGGAAGUGAGCAACUGUUGCUGAUGCUGCUGGUAACGUUGGCUCUGUUGCUCAACCAAUCUCUGCCGGGUUACUUGACUUUGCCACAACGACGACGACGACCGGGCAUCGAAAUUCCGGCUAGAACAAUGACAAUGAUGGUUAGUGAGCAGCAGCAGCAGCAGCAGCAGUCUUUGUUCUGUAGGUGAUCUUGUACAUAAUCAGUGAGGUUGACUCGAACACAGAAAGAUGCUGUAAGUUUUAAGAUGAAUAAAUUAAUGUUUUAAAAAUCGA